GCCAUUUUGUGAAGUGGUGAACGAUAAAGUAGUGAGCGUCUCAUCUGCAGUGAAAUAGUUACCUAGAUUAUCAAUAAAAGCUGUUUAUCAUUGGGAAUCAUGAAAACUUACAGCCGGAAAAAAACUGGAGAACCUCAGGAUGAAGUUAUACUGGAUCUGAACGAAUUAUGCCGGCUUUGUAUGGGAAAAGAGGAAGAACUCAUUUCGAUAUUUAAUAACGACGAACCCAUUCCGCUUACGCUUAGGAUCAUGGCUUGUGUUGCUCUUGAGGUUUUUGAGGGUGAUGGCUUGCCAGACAAGAUCUGCCAUCCCUGUAAGUUUCAAUUGGAGAAAUCCUAUAAUUUUCGAAAGAAAUGUGAGAGCUCCGACAUGAAAUUAAGGCAACACUUGAGAGAACUGAGAGAAAAAAUAGGAGAAGAGGAAAAUCAGCAGUUUGAGGAGGAAGAAAGCAUGGAAAUGGAAAUUAUGGAAACUUCAGUGCACGCUAUGUCACAAGAUAAUUCACAACCUGGACCAAGCACCGAAGAAGAUCUAGUUGGUGUAACUAAAGUGUCGUAUAUCCAACCCGAUACGGAACCUGAUAAUGACCCCGAAAGUAUUACGUUGCCUCCAGAGACGGACGAGGCAAUAAAAGAGGCCUGCACUUUAAAAUCUUCGGACCAGUUGAAAACAGAAAUAGAAGAGACCGAAGAAGCAGACAACGUUUUUAUCAUCGAAGAUACAGAGCACCAGGUGAUGGACGACAAUAACAUGAAUGCCAUAGCAGAUGCCGUUAAAGCCACGCUCGCCUCUCAACCAGGUUUGAACUUGAGCGGACAGCUACAGUUAAAAGUCAACCAGAGUGACGGUAAAUCCACCCAAGUCGAAGUGACGACGGAAGAUGGGUCAGUGAUCGUAAUGGAACUGAUGACGGAGGAAGAAAGCGACAUAUCAUCUAUUUUUUCGCCCAGCCCGGCUGCUGACGUCAACGAGGACGGGGAAUUGAAGAUUUUCCGUUGCCCCGAUUGCCCUAAGUCCUUCGCUAGGAGGAUCCAGCUGAGAAGACAUGCGUCUGUUCACAUGCAGCAAAGAGGGUUCAGUUGCGGAAUAUGCGAGAAAUGGUUCCCGACAAGAUCCGCGCUCGUCCGUCACGAGCGUAUCCACACGGGGGAACGUCCAUUCCAGUGCGAAGUUUGCCAGAAGAGUUUCGCCCAAAAGGAAAUCCUUUACAGGCAUCUAAUGACCCACACCGGCCAAAAACCGUACAGUUGCCCGCACUGUCCGAAGGGUUUCACACAAAAAGAACCCCUGAGGGUGCACAUACGGACCCAUUUGGGCAACAGCCCCUCCGAUAUCCAACUACAUUACUGCUCGCUGUGCCCGAAAGUGUUCUGCCAUGCCUCGGGUCUGAGCAGGCAUUUGGUUACGCACACGGGCAAGAUGUUCAAAUGCCGUGACUGUGAUAAGUCGUUUACGGAUAAGAGUUCGUUGAGGAGGCACCACCUCCAGACGAACCACCAACCUUAAAUUUGGGCAAGUUUGGUUCGAUGUGUCAAACGUUUUAGUAUUUGCAACAGGUGGAAUCGUGAAAUUAAUUCUCUUGUACAAAGCACAAUAAAUUUUUGUCUCUAAA